AUGGAGAAACGUAUUCAUUUAAAGAACACAUCUAAUCUUACUUAUCGUCAUUAUUUAUAUCAUUUUAAAUGGCCUUUGAUCGGAUUUAUUUUCAUAUUAAGUUUUCUUAUAUUUGCUCAAGUAAAUUUAACAACUACUUUUUUAGCAAAUACUAUUCAAGAACAACAAAUUGAACAAUUCAAGAGAAAUGUUAUCUAUCCAAUUGAUAUAUUAGAUAAUAACAACAGUAUUAAUAUAAAUUAUUAUUUUUUAAAGAAGGAUCAACUUAAAUUUAUUGAUGAUAAGGAUGCAGUAAAUAAAAAGCAAAAAAUUGUAUUACCAUUAAUAAAAGAUCAAAGUACAUCGAAUUCUUAUUUAAUUCUUGAAUUUACAAAGGUUUUUGGACAACCACGAUUUUGUUCACAUACAAAUGAACAAAUUUUUGGUAAAACAUGUCCAUAUAAAAAUUGUGAAUAUACAUGUGAUCAAACACAUGAAAAUGAUGCUCAUGUACUUUUAAUGCAUAAGCGUGAUUUAGAUUAUAAAAUACUCAGUUCAAUGAACAGAAAUUUCGAACAAAUUUGGCUUUUAUGGCAUGAUGAAUCAAAUGAAAAUUCACCACGAAUAAAUAAAUUUAAAUUCAAUUGGACAAUAACAUAUCGAACAAGUGCUGAAGCAUCAAUAGGAGCUUAUGGAAUAACAAUUGUUAAACAAAAGCCAUGGUCUAUAGAACAAUUUGAUUCAUGGAUUGAUGAACAAUUUAUUAAAAGGCAUAAUCAAGCUAUAUGGUUUGUGUCAAACUGUCUACCACAAAAACGGUUGAAAAAAUUUCAUUCACUUCGACGUUAUUAUUCAAUAGCUGCCUUCGGUAAAUGUAUAGCAUCAAAUGAAUCGUUCUCUCUCAAUGCUCAAAUUCAAUCGGAUUCAGAAUGUCAUCGACAAUCAUCAUGUGAAAAAAAUUAUUUAACAAAUUCUAAAUUUUAUCUUGCUUUUGAAUCUCAAACAUGUACAGAUUAUAUAACAGAAAAAUUUUGGCGUACACUUGCUCUUGGCGCUAUACCAAUUGUUAGUGGACCAGAGCGUGAAAAUUUUGUACGUAUCGCUCCACCUGAUUCAUUUAUUCAUGUUGAUGAUUAUACAUCAGAUAAAGAACUCGCUCAAACAUUAAAUUUAAUAGCUACAAAUAGAAGUUUAUAUGAAAAAUAUCAUCGUUGGAGACGUUAUUAUGAUGUUUAUCAUGAAGCAAAAGAUCUUGAUCCAUAUCGAUUUUGUGAAUUAUGUUAUCGUUUAAAUACAAAUAAACAACGUAUUUGGUAUGAAAAUAUAAAUGAUUGGUUUUUAGAUAAAUGUUAA